UCCUUCUUUGUAAAUCACUGCAGUGUUUCCUCAUUCUCAGAGUCAAAACAACACUCUGACUGAAGUCAAAGGUAGGUGAAGCUUAUCAGUGCAGGUUUAUAGACCAAUAUUCAUCUGAGACUAAAGACUCAUCGUGAAUCAAUCACUGCUUUGAGACCUGCACAAGGAAAUAACAAGGAACAAAACUUUCUCAGGACCAAACUGAAGUGUUUAUUCAACACUUUAUUCAACAGAAGUGGGCCAAAACUGAACCAAACCUAGGUAAGGAGAAGCACAGACCAUUAGCUGGACGAUGUCUGUGCCAACCAGAGUUGUCCACAAGAGGAGGGCGACUGUCACAGAUUUGCCUCUCUACUACUCUGGACACCUGCUGAAGAAACUCUCCAAAGAAAAGGAUUUUAAGAAAUACUACGGAGAGCUCCGGGGAGCCACACUCUUUCUGUACAAAGAUGACACGCAGGAUACAUACACAGAGAAGCUGGACCUGGAGAAGCUGACAUCCAUGGAGUUAGAUUCUCCGUAUCAGAGGAAGGCACCAACUAUUUUCACUCUCACCCUUCACACAGAGGUGGUGCAGCUAAAGAUGGACAACUCUGACACAGGAGAGGAGUGGAGGGGUUAUAUCCUGACUGUGGUCAAAAAAAAGAUUCCCAGUAAGUUGCAGCUGCUGCCUGGCCAGAUGUUACUGCUGCAGGAGGCUCUGGAUCAGGAGAGGAAAAGAAAGCCCCCUAUAGCACGUCCACCCCUCCCGCCCCGACCAUCCUUCCUCCCCUCACCCUCAGCCUCACCCUUCCGUCCAUUGCCCAAAGAAAAGCCUAGCCACAACUCCCCUGACAUUCCUGCAUGUUUCUAUAGCGUGACUCGGCAGGAGGCUGAGCAAAUGUUGGAGGCAAACCCCGAGAAUGGAGGCAUCAUCCUCCGCCCGUCCACUCUGGCCAACAACUACGCCCUGACUCUCAGACAACUGACACCCAGUGGGCCCGUCAUGAAGAACUACAGAGUGGCAUCCACAAACUCAGGGUUUGUCAUUGAACUGGACACAGCAGUGAUGGUCGCCUCCUUGAAUGAUGUACUUAAAUACUUCAUAGAAAAGACAGAGUACCGUCUUCAUCCCUACAUGGCAUCUCAGCCCUACGACACUCGCAUCGAUGUGUCACCUGCUCCAAAGUGUGUCAGCAUCACCUCACCUACACCUAAAACAAUACCUAAGGCACAAGUGGCACCUAUGCUGCGUUCACAGAACAAAGUGGAGCUUCUGCAGCCUCCAACCAAGGAGGAGGGUGAAUAUGUGAUUCCUGAUGAUCCGAGUCCUGAUCACAACCUGAGGCUAGUCCAGUUAGAUGGAGAACUUCGGGACGUUUUAAAGUUUCGGCGGGAAAACAUGUACACUGCAUCUGACAAGGAGGAAGUCACAAUAUAUGAGAAUCAAACCACUGGAAAAUCCCCAUCAGGCACCGCACAAUGGGCCACGUGGAGUGCAGCAGUGUGAGGCAUCUCGGUCCACUGUUGUUGCUAAGUUAGUCUGCUCGUUUAAUAUUUCAUUUUUAACGUCAGAUGAGAGAUAACCUGUUGCCCUGUGGAUUUGAGAAACUGCUGCAACCUUUAGUUUAUUUCAGAAAUGCCCUGGACAAAUGCAUUUGUUAAAUUAAAAUCAAUCUCUUAAAGUGGGGGUCUCAAACUCAAAGUAUCUGGAUUGUUCUCUUUCUUCUGUUUGUCUGUGUUAAAAUGCUAACGUGCUUAUCAGCACUAAACACAAAGUACAGCUAAUGCAGAUGGAAAUGUCAUUGUUUUUGCUAAUAUUUAGUCAUAAUCCAAAGUAUUGUCUGGACAAUCUAAAGAUGAAAAAAUCAGGGGAUCGAAAAGAUUACAAUUCAUUCUUUGUAAACAUGAAUAUCUGUACUAAAUGUCUCAGCAAUCCAUCUAAUAGUUGUUUAGAUAUCACAAUAAAAAAUAUACAGUAUGUAUUUCAACCUCAUGGUGAAAACUAAAGUCUGGAUUACCAAAUAACAAAAAAAGCCUAUUUUUGCUGCCCAUAUUUACCAAUAGCCACUAUUACCAAAUGAAUACAUGGUUUUCACAUUGCAAUAGUAUAACAUGAUUAUUAAGGUAUAUUUUCAUCUUCUUGAUGAAAGAUUUACAAAUCACUGUGACUGUUCAAUCAUGAAGUCAAAUAGUUUUGUGUCAUUUGUGUCUAAAUUGUGCCAAGAGAUAACCGUUAAAGAUCUCUUUGAUAGACAACUUUAUCACCCAGAUUCAAAUAGAUAAUUAUUCCAAACUUUUGCUACCGAUUAUUUUCGUAUUUAUUAUCAACAGCACAAACCGACUGAUCUACAUGUGAUAUGGAUGUUUGGAAGGGUAUCAUGCUUUCUGAUUUUUCUCAAUGAUUAUGGUUUAAAAGUGUAAAAAUGAACAUGUCAAAAUUGCAUGAGACAAUUAUUGUACAGCUCUGAAUGAUUGUCCAUUUUUUUAUAUGAAAGAAUGAUGAAACUUUAAAAUAAACUUUACACACAUGUGAAUCUGUGAAGCACUGAAUAAAAAACACAUACUCCAGGAUGAUCAUUAUUCUUUAUUUUUCACAGAUAGGAGUAAGCCAACAUAAAUGUUUCAAAUGUUCAUAUUUUUAUAAGUUAAGUCCAUUAAGAUUGUAUUUUCUUAUUUUCAUCAUUAUCAUGGGACAUGUUAUAUGUUUAAUAUUUAAGGAUCAUUCAUCACUCAAUAAAGACCGCAUGACUGUGAAAAAUUGUUGAA